AUGAGUUACUGUUACGGUCAAAAACUUCAUAGUUGGCAAUAUAAGACUUCACAUGGUUUUGAAGAUAAAAAUGUACUGGUUAUUGGUAUUGGUAAUUCCGGAGGAGACUUAGUUGUUGAAUUAGGUCGCGUUGCCAAACAGGUUUAUUUGAGUACUCGUCGUGGUACAUGGGUAUUGAAUCGUAUUGGGCCUAAUGGAUGGCCAAUUGAUUUGGUAACAACAAAUGAAGUUAUGAGUGCAAUUCAAAAAUAUUUUCCUUCAUUAAUCAAUUGGCUUCUGGAAAGAGAUUUUAAUAAAAGAUUUAAUCAUGAAACUUAUGGUCUUAAACCAAAUCAUCGUCCUCUAGAACAACAUCCAUUUCUGAAUGAUGACUUAGCUAAUAGAAUUUUAUGUGGUUCUGUUAUAAUUAAACCUAAUAUUAAAGAAUUUACAGCUGAUGGUCAUGGUGUUAUAUUUGAUGAUGGUUCUAAAGUUGAUCAUAUUGAUUGUGUUCUUAUGGCAACAGGUUUUAAUAUUGCAUUUCCAUAUUUAGAUGAAAAAUUUUUAGCUGUCAAUGAGAAUAGAGUUCGACUUUAUAAAUACGUAUGGCCAUCUCAUAUGACUCAUUCGACACUUGCUGUUAUUGGUCUUGUUCAACCAUGGGGUGCUAUUAAUCCUGUAGCAGAACUUCAAGCACGUUGGGCUAUUCAAGUAUUUAAUAGUGAAUUAAAAUUACCAUCACAUUUAAAAAUGGAUGAAGAUAUUGAUGAGAAAUUUCAUGAAUUAUCACAACAAUAUAUUGCAUCACCACGACAUACUUUAGAAGUUCGUCAUGGAGAUUAUUGUAAUGAAACAGCUGAUAAAAUUGGUUGUCGACCAAAUAUAUUAAAUUAUCUAAUAAAGGAUUUUAAACUUGGUUUGCUUUUACUAUUUGGACCAUAUACACCAUAUCGAUAUCGUUUACAAGGUCCAAAUAAAUGGGAAGGUGCACGACAAGCUAUUUUGACACAAUUUGAAAGAGUUAAAUAUCCAUUACGUGUCAGCCGUAAACAAGAACAAAAUCAACAAAAGAAAUUUGCAAUAAAUUGGACACCAAUGUUUUCAAUUGUAUUUUUAAUAUUAAUUUCCUGUAUUAUUUUUCAAUGCUUUAUGUAA